GCCGUGUUCUCUAGAACUGAAAAGAGAGGUUUCAUCAGUCCAAUACUUUAGGUCAACUCAAGCAUCCUGUUCUAACAGAUUCUGAUUGAAUUGACCUAGACUAGCGGCAGGAUGGCUCAGGUUCCUAUGAGAAUACCUCAGGGUGGAAAUACCCAGCAUCUCAUUCCACCUUCUCCUCAGCAUCAUUUACAGACAGCGCCACACCAUCAUAUUCAGAACACUGGGGGUCCGGAGCACCAUAUACUUAAUACUGGAGGACAACAAUACCACAUCCAGGGUAGUGGAGGUCCACAACAUCAUAUACAAGGGGCUCCACAACACCAUAUUCAGAGUACAGGUGGGCUACAGCACCAUAUUCAGAGCACUGGAGCUCCACAGCAUCAUAUUCAACAGCAUAUUGUGCAAGGAUCUGGGCAACACCAUGGCAGUGUUACUACUCAUCAUAUCCAGCCUUCAGGUGUUCAACAUCAUCUACAACCAUCUCUAUCAGCACACCAUAUACAAACUAAUGGUAGGCAGCAUCAUAUUCAGGCUAACAAGGGCCCGCAUCAUAUUCCUAGUCCAGGUUCAUCUACACAUCAGCAACAACCUCCUCCUCAACAUCAAACCAUUCAAGGAGGAAGUGGGCAUUCUCCAGGCAGCCUUUCAUCCUCAAACCAUGUAAUGAUGAGUCAGUACACCCAUCCUCCAACCUCUCUACCUGGGGUUCUUGUGUCGGUCAACUCAGCAACCUCCCUUCCUCCUCAGCAUAUUCAUCAACUCCACCAGCAUACAGGGAGUCUGGUGGAUGGAGGAGGAGGUUACUCUACUCAUCCAAACCAUCAUCCCGGGGUUCCGUCUCAGUAUGGUCGACCCCCGCCGGUUAUGUUGAAACAGACGCUUCAUAUUGACCUGAAUGACGGAAUGAAUACCAAAGAGAAAACUCCAAUGUGUCUUGUGAAUGAACUUGCAAGGUUUAACAAGAUACAGCAUCAGUACAAGCUGACUGAUGAGUCUGGACCAGCGCAUAAGAAGAAUUUUACCGUCUGUCUUAAGAUCGGCGACAAGGAGGAGUUCUUGGCUUCGGGACCUUCGAUCAAAAAAGCCCAGCACGCCGCCGCGGCGAUUGCUCUGGAGAAAACUCAGCUUAAGCAUCCAGCUCCUAAACUGAAACCUUCAAAAAGUGCGAAUGUGACCCCAACUGUAGAAUUGAACGCUAUGGCGAUGAAAAGAGGAGAACCUGCAAGCUACUCAUUUAUACCUCCAAGUAGUACAAACCAGUUCUCCCAUCCACUCAGAAACAGAACCACAGGACGAGGAUUUCCCCCAGUAUUCUGUGUUCAGUUGAAGGUUGGGAAAACAGAGUAUAUAGGAGAGGGAGCGACGGCACAGGCAGCGCGGCAUUGCGCCGCGUCCCAGGCGUUAAAGGCUCUGAAAGAUAAAAAUAGCGGAGAAGGAAAGUCCAAACUUGAUCCAACUUCUAAUCCAUUUAUUCCAGGAGUUGAAUAUGAUGAUUUAAAAUCUCCGAUAUCUCUGGUUCAUGAGGUUGCUUUGAAGCGGAAUUUACCCGUAACUUUCACGGUUGUCCGGGAGAAUGGGCCUCCGCAUAUGAGAAUGUUUCUCACUAAAUGUUCUGUUGGAGAUCUCUACGCCGAAGCAGAAGGGAAUGGGAAAAAGGUUUCUAAGAAGAGAGCUGCAGAAAUGAUGUUAAGUAAAUUAAAGCAGCUUCCACCGGUUGCCAGUAUUACUCAACCUAAGCCCAGAAAACAGACUAUGACGAAAAAGAAAUCAAGAAAUCUAAUAAAGGAGGAAAAUGAUGAAACUGCGGAUUCUAAGCAGACCGUGAAUCCUAUAUCUCGGCUUAUCCAGAUUCAGCAGGCUAAGAAGGAAAAGGAACCAGUUUAUACGUUGAUUGUUGAGCGCGGAUUGCCGCGUCGAAGAGAAUUUUUCAUGAAGGUGACCGUUGGAGCCAAUUCAGCGGUAGGGUCAGGGCCUAAUAAGAAAGUGGCCAAGAGGGCAGCAGCAGAGGCUCUGCUCCAACUGACUGGUUACUCUAGACCCGGAGCUGUUCCAACUAAACCUGCUCUAAAAAGUCCUGGAGAACCCAGCUCGGAUAAACCUAAAAAGUUAACAUUCGUUGAUGACUUGAAGAUCGAGGAUGGAACUUCAGCUGGUUCUGUUCCUGUCUCCAGUUCUCCAGGUGGUAAAUCUAGCACAGGAAGCGGACCUGCAGGACGACAGCUAGUUCCUGGCCUACUCUACAUAGACGAUAAAACAGCUAACAUCAAUGGAAAGGUCUCUAGUCUAAAGGUUUCAAACGGAAAACUUUCUGCUGAGUGUAAAAGUCCAUCUCAGUCCCAGGUUGCUACCAUUGCAAAAGAACUGCUUGAUGCAGGGACGUCACCAACCGCCGACAAGAUAGCUAAAGAGGCGGGUACAAAUCUGCCCGCCCCUGUACUAAAACUUCCUACGUCAGGGCAAGGCGUUUCAUCCAAAGAACAGCUUUCAUAUCUAGCUCAGAUUCUUGGAGUGACUGUAACUUACGAUGAUUUUCCAAAGAAGGGAGAAUAUCUUACCCUAGUUUCUCUAUCUACUAAUCCUGCUCAGGUUUCCCAUGGUUCUGGACCUAACUUGGAGUCAAGUCAUAAUAACGCUGCUCAUACUGCUCUUAAAAGCUUAGCUGCAACAGGGCUAGAUACUAUAGCAGCUGCAGGGGUAGAUAAUCUUUCUAAACUUGAGAAUGGACGUGUACAGAUUUAGUGUCGGAUCAAACGUCAUUUUAACCUAAAGAUGUUCCCCCUUUUAAACCUACUCCAGAAUAUCAGAACUUGAAGAGAAGGAUGUGGAGUGGAAUUCUUUAUUCUGAAACCUGUAGAUCUGAAGAUUGAUCUUUAACUUAUUAUAUAACUGUUAACUUCUCAGCUUGCGUGAACAUCAAAACCAAAUAUUCUGUCAUAACUGUGUUGGGACUAGUAUGCUAUUUAAAGAUAACAAAGCUGGGAGUCUUAUUCCUUUUCAGUCUUUUUUCAUUCUUAGAUUCAAGGUUGCCCUAUUUUAUGAAUUCUGGGUUGCCACUUGUCAACAACAGAUUUUGAGUUUAGGGUUGAAAUCCCUAUUAAUAAAAUUUUGUUUUGCUAACUGUAGAAUAUGAAUUCAGGGUUGCCAACUCUAAAAUAUGAAUUCAGGGUUGCCAACUCUAAAAUAUGAAUUCAGGGUUGCCAACUCUAAAAUAUGAAUUCAGGGUUGCCAACUCUUAAAUAUGAAUUCAGGGUUGCCAACUCUAAAAUAUGAAUUCAGGGUUGCCAACUCUAAAAUACGAAUUAAGAGUUGCCAACUUUAAAAUAUGGAUUCCGAGUUGCCAACUUUAAACAAUGUAUUAAAAAUAUGAAUUCAGGGUUGCCAACUCUAGAAUAUGAAUUUAGGGUUGCCAACUCUAAAAUUUGAAAUCAGGGUUGCAAACUCUGAAAUAUGAAUUCAGGAUUGCCAACUGUACAUUAUGAAUUCAGAGUUGCCAACUCUAAAUUAUGAACUCAGGGUUGCCAACUUUUAAAUAUGAAUUCAGGGUUGUCAACUCUUUUUCAUGAAUUCAGGGUUGUCAACUCUCUUUUAAAGGAAAUAUCUGCAUAUAUGGUGUUCUAAUUUUAACACUUAUUUAUUCCUUUUAAUAUUUAGUUUUAAAAAAGUAAAUGUAAUUUUUAGUUUCGAAUUUUAGUGGUUUCAGAGAAAAUUUCUAAGUUCCACCAUGCAUAUUUACUUUCCCAGAACUCUCUAAAUUGGGAAUAAAUUGUCAAGCUGGCAACAUUGUUAGUAAUUACCCAAUUACUUGUAUUGUACAUGUUUUUUUUUCUGAAUGUAACAAUGUUAAGUUGAGACUUGUAAAGAUAAAUAUUGUCCCUGGAGCUAGGGGGACAUUAUAUUCAGAUAUAUUGAUAUUAACUAUUCCUAAGUAUUCCCUGUAAGUUUAGGAAACCCCUUCUCCCUGUCCUAGAUAUUGAAAAUUUACAUCCACCGCAUGUAUCAAAACUUGAUGCUAAAUUAUUAUAUGUCAUUAGGUUCUGAAAACCUUAAUAUAAUAAAUAUUAAUUAUAUA